CGCCAUGGAGACGCUGCUGUGGCUGCUGGCUGGCCUGGGCUGCGUGCUGCUGGCCUGGGUGGUGGCCGCGCUAGCCUGCACAGCUCUGCCCGCCCUCUGGCUGUGGCUGCGCCCCGACUCCGUGGACCUCGUCCGCAAGUUCGGCCAGUGGGCUGUGGUUACUGGUUCAACAGAUGGUAUUGGUAAAGCAUAUGCCCUUGAGCUAGCAAGACGUGGACUCAACAUAGUCCUUAUUAGCAGGAACCAGCAGAAGUUGGAUGGCGUUGCAAAAGAGAUUGAAUCGAAGUUCAAUGUACGAACAAAAACAAUAUCAGUAGACUUUAGUAAAGGAAAAGCAGUAUUUGAUAUAAUUGAAUAUGAACUCAAAGACAUCCCUAUUGGAAUUUUGGUAAACAAUGUAGGUCGCAUGUACACAUAUCCAAUGUAUCUAACAGAAGUGCCUGAACAAGAAUUGUGGGACAUUGUCAAUAUCAAUAUUGGUGCUACAACGUUGAUGACUAGAUUGGUGCUUCCACAAAUGCAGCAGAGGAGAAAGGGAGCCAUCAUUAACGUUUCAUCAGGAUCAGAGCUUCAACCACUCCCUCUCAUGACUGUGUAUGCUGCCUCAAAGGUGUUUGUGAAAAGCUUUUCAGAUGCUCUACGCUAUGAAUAUAGCCAGUAUGGAAUAACAGUACAGCACCUCUCACCAUUGUUUGUAAACACAAAGAUGAAUGCAUUCAGUCAUCGGCUUCAGUCAACAAACCUAUUUGUUCCUGAUGCUACAACAUAUGCACGAAAUGCUGUAAACACUCUUGGCAGGCUAAACAGCACAACUGGUUACUGGGCACAUGGAAUACAGUAUUUCUUUCAUGGGAUACCUCCUGUAUGGGUUAGAACUUAUCUUGGAGGCAUCAUGAACAAGGUGUUCCGAAAAGAUUACUUGGAAGCUGUGUCAAAGGUGCCUCAAGAAAUAAAACAAUAAAUAGCAAUCCUUGCCAGUGUUCAAAACAAAAUGUUGUCCUGCAUACUUCCUGUAUGUGUAAUAUUAGCUUCAUCUGUGGUGGACAGUAAGUCACUCAAUGAAACAACACAUAUUUAUAAGAAAAUUGGUGAUGCAGCUUUUUGUUUUGUGUGAUAUGAUCUGAAAUGGAAAUAUUCUUCUUCAGAUGAUCAUUAUUGUGAAUAGAUUCAAAAAGGAAUACAUGAAACUCCUGUGUCUUAUGUGUUUCACAUUGCCAAUGUAUUCUUUUGAACUUAUGUGUUGUUGACACUGUUCAGUUGGGUUAUCCAGAGUGUGUCACUAAUUGUGUUUCGUGUUUGUGAGUCUGUUGUCUAGAUAAUUAUAAUGGUAUUCAUAUCUUUGAACUCAGAUGCAUUGCCUGUUAAAUGCUAUUUGUGAAUGUGCACUAGGAAAUUAGUUCUAUGUUUUUAAGACUGCCAAUAAUGUAUAUAAUAUCUAUAUAAUCACUAAGAAAAUCAAGUACGUCACUUUCCAGCAUUAAGAACGACUGAAAAAAAUGUGUAUGCACUGACUGACAAAUGAACUUAUCUGUUAUUCAUAGAUACACUCAAAAGUAAAUUAUGAAUUUUGAACUUCCAGAAUCAAACUAUGUUCAGUAGAUUAAAGAGAAAUCAAUAUUGAACAAAAUGAUGAAGGAAAGUAGUCGUAGCAACAUAAGAAAGUAAAUCAGAACCUGUCUGAAGAGAGACUAGGUACCAAACAAAACCAGAGAACAAGCUUGGUAUUCAACAGUCAGAUGUACAUGAUAUUUCACUCAAAAGAAUCAGCUAAUAGACUUAAUCUAAACAGCUGUAGAAAAAAGCUGAUGUUGUCGUAUGGUAAAUGAAAGACAAUUAAAGUUAAGCAUAUAUAAGUAUUUGUUACAUACACAUAAAAAUCAAGAGACUUAAAAAAACAAUACUAAAA